AUGAAUUGGAAAGAAUUCAAUUUACAAAUCACGAUAUUCAGUGGAGUAAUUUCAAUUCUUUAUGAUGCAUUCCCAUCUCAAUGUAAACAAUGUGGGAUUAGAUUUGCUAAAGAUUCAAAAGAUGGAGGAGGAAAGAUUGGUAAGCAUUUGGAUUGGCAUUUUAGACAAAAUCGUAAGAUAAAGGAAAAAGCCAAGAGGGCACAAAGUAGAAACUGGUUUGUCACUGAGGAGGAUUUUAUUAAUUCAAGAGAUUCAGAUUUUCAAAAUGGAAAUACACCAACAUUCUUUGAAUAUGAUACUAGUAAUUUUAAAUUAAAUAAAAGAACAAAUGGAAUUGGUGAUGGUAGUGGAACUUCUAGAUCAAAAAAGGCAAAAAUAGAUCAUAAUAAUAAAAAUGAUAUUGACAAUCUUAUCAGUGAAUCAACUGUUAUUGUUCCACUUGAUAUUCAAAAAACUAAUAAACCUUGUCCCAUUUGUAAAGAAAAAUUUCAAAUGUUUUGGAAUGAUAAUGAAGAAGAAUGGAUGUAUAGAAAUGCUAUGGAAAUAAAUGGUGAUAUUUGUCAUGUAACUUGUCAUUCUGAUGCAAUAAAG